AUGACUGGCGACAUCCCCCUCAGCCUCCCGCUGCCACGCAACUAUGGCAAGGACGAGUGGGUCUUGCAAUUUACCGAGGGCGACAAGGAAGAGAUCAGAAAGGCUCUGCAGCACUUCAAAAGUUUUGGUCUUGAAGUGGAGGAGGUCAACCAGGGAUCCUUCCCUCUCCCGACCCUUUCUCAAAAACUCGAGAAACUCGCAAACGAUUUGCAUGACCCUCGACAAGCGUUCUUUGUUCUCUCCGGCUUGAACAUCGAUCAAUAUACGGUUGAGGAGGCUACUAUCAUCUACCUUGGUGUAGCGAGCUAUGUCGCGGAUCAACGGGGUGCGCAAGAUGGGGCUGGAAAUAUGUUGACUCAUAUUACCAGCUCGAAGCUCUGGAACGUUCCUGAGUCGGUCCGGCAUGGUAUUCACUCGACCAAAGCCUUGCCUUUCCACAACGAUAUGGGAGCCGAUAUCCUUGCUCUUUUAGCUCGGUCAACUGCGGGACAUGGGGGCAACACUUACCUUACCCAUGUCACGACGGUGUACAACAAGCUCACGGACGAGGAGCGCAGGGUCCUACUCGAACCUAAUUGGCCAGUUCAGACGUCCGGUCGACUUGAGCGCUUCUACCUUGGGCAAGCCCUUGCCUUCCAAGGCGGCCGGCUUAUGAGCAGCAUGGAUCCUCACCGAUUCGGACCCCACCCCAAGGCCGACCCCAAUACGAAGAUUCCGAAACUCACUGAAACUCAGAGACGAGUCCUCGAUCGCGUUUCCGAAGUUGCCAAGUCCGCCGAAAUCAAACUGAGUCUUAAGAAAGGAGACAUGUUGUUCUUUAAUAACUGGGCAGUCAUCCAUCGACGCGAUGCUUAUCAGGAUGGCCCAGACAACUCGCGACACCUUGUGCGACUCUGGCUUCAUAACCAGCGCCUGGGCUGGAGCAUCCCGGGAACCAUGCUUGAGCCAUGGCUCAAGGCCUAUGGCGGGAGGUUCAACAACGGCCUGUACGCUUUGGACCCAGCCGCCACGUACAAAAUCCCCAAGUACUCAGCAGGUUCUGCUGCUUUCGUCCUGGAUGAUUAA